CAAACAAGACAGUCGAGAGGAGAAGGCGCUCCAUUCUGACUUCACAAAUACAGCUCCGCGACACGCUUGCCCGGACACCAUGUCUCUCCGACUUUCCAGUGCAUCCAGGAGGGCCUGUCCCCGGCCCACCACAGGAUCCCUCAGGCUCGCUGGUGGCGGAGCCAGCUUUGGGGCUGGAAAUGCUUGCAGCAUACCUGGAAUCGGAAGCGGUUUCUCGUGUGCCUUCGGGGGCAGCUCAUCGGGAGGAAAUGCAGCGGGAAGCAAUCUCUGCGCUGGCUUUACGGGGAACGAGGGGGGCCUCCUUUCUGGCAACGAGAAGGUGACCAUGCAGAACCUCAACGACCGGCUGGCCUCCUACCUGGAGAAGGUGCGCGCCCUGGAGGAGGCCAACGCCGACCUGGAGCAGAAGAUCAAGGGCUGGUAUGAGAAAUUUGGGCCUGGUUCUUGCCGGGGACUCGAUCACGACUACAGUAGAUACUUCCCGAUAAUCGAUGAUCUUAAAAAUCAGAUCAUUGCUUCCACCACCAGCAAUGCUAAUGCUGUUCUACAGAUCGAUAAUGCCAGGCUGACAGCUGAUGAUUUCAGACUCAAGUAUGAAAAUGAGCUGGCUCUUCACCAGAGUGUACAGACAGAUGUCAACGGGUUACGCAGAGUUCUGGAUGAAAUGACCCUGUGCAGAACAGACCUGGAGAUUCAGUAUGAAACCCUGAGUGAGGAAAUGACUUACCUCACACAGAGCCAUAAGGAGGAAAUGCAAGUUCUGCAGUGCGCGGCGGGAGGCAACGUAAACGUGGAGAUGAACGCGGCGCCCGGGGUGGACCUCACGGUUCUGCUGAACAACAUGCGGGCCGAGUACGAAGCCCUCGCAGAGCAGAACCGCAGGGACGCGGAGGCCUGGUUCACCGAGAAGAGCGCUUCGCUGCAACAGCAGAUCUCCGAGGAUGUGGGAGCCACGACCUCAGCGCGCAAUGAGCUGACUGAAAUGAAGCGCCAUCUCCCAACACUGGAAAUUGAACUUCAGUCUCUCUUAGCCACGAAACACUCCCUGGAGUGCUCCCUGACGGAGACCGAGGGCAACUACUGUGCGCAGCUCGCCCAGAUCCAGGCUCAGAUCGGGGCCCUGGAGGAGCAGCUGCACCAGGUCAGAACCGAGACCGAGGGCCAGAAACUGGAGUACCAGCAGCUCCUGGACAUCAAGGUCCACCUGGAAAAAGAAAUUGAGACCUACUGCCGCCUGAUAGAUGGAGAGGAUGCGGCUUGCAAGUCUGGAGGUUACAAGUCUAAAGAUUAUGGAUCUGGAAACGUGGGAAAUCAAGUCAAAGAUCCAGCCAAACCUAUAGUAGUUAAGAAAGUUCUUGAAGAGGUAGACCAGUGCAGCAAAAUACUCACCACCAGGCUCCACUCCUUGGAAGAGAAAUCUCAAAGCAAUUAAUUUGAGACAGAAGAGAGAACAUAUGCCAAAUACUCUCCAAGAAGAGAAGGCGUUAUAUAUCUGUUGGGAAAAAUGAGCAAGUCUAAGAGAAGUGUCUGUCCUGUUGUCUUUCUGUUACUGAAAUAUAGUCUCUAUCUGGGCAAUCAAUAGCAGUAUCUCCCCAUUCAUCUGAAAGAAUGUCACAUACAAAUAUGAUGACUCAUUUGAUUACCCUACAGAAAAUGUGGUCAAUUCUUUGUAUUCAAUAAACUUUCUUCCUUGAGCAAGUUA